UUAUAAAUUACUCUAAAUUCUUUUGAUUUUGAUCGGUUUGGCUGCUAAAUGAUAGGUCAUUAGACCGAUCUUUUUCAGUAAUUUAAAGCGUGGUAUUCUUUCUGCAAAUCUAGUUAAAAUUUUGCACGAAUUCUCUKMGUGGAUCUAAGAAAUUCGUAAACCUAGUGUCCAUCGUGAUUUGAUUUCCAAGCCAUGGAGUUUUCUUUCCUUGAAGACGAGAAAUUUGACUUUGAUCUUCCUCUUUCACCUACAGAAGAUGAAAGAAAUCUCGAGGUAGAAGACGAUGACGACGAGAUCUUUUUCGGUCCAGUSGGUCACAAGGAACGUUGUGUUGCAACUAAUGCAGCGACUAAAGCAACAAAAAUACUUGAUGACAUUGAAAACACUAGAACUUUGAGUCCACUGAAUGCAGAGCAAGUUGUAGAAAUUUUCAAAGAAGCGACAUCAAUGGCUGUCAUGUUGAAGAGUUGUUCCUCAGACGCCUGUUCUGACUCRGAGGAUCAARAUAGACGCAARGAUUUCCCUGAACUCAUAGCUGAUAUUGAUAAUAAAAAAAGCACUCGUGUUUUAGACAAAACUCAAGAUGAAAAUGACGKACAAACAGAUCAAAGUGYUGAUAAAAUUGCUGUGGAGUCAAAUGAUGAUGGUUGUGAUGGUUUUGUGGUUAGAAGAAGAGCUUUGAAAGAAAGGAAUYCUGUUGUGAAUGACAAGGAAUCAUCACAACUUCAAAGAAUCAAGGCAACARCAUCAAGUCAAAAAGCUACCUCAAGGAAAACUAAAAGUGCUGUCACUCCCACAAGAAAUUCAUUGUCAACUUCAAGAACAGAAAGGUAUAAUACCAGCUCAAGUGCAAGUGAUACAUCUUUUGGGGAAGAGAAAGCUAAGAAGAGUGGUCUCAAGGCACCUGGAUUUAGCUCCUGUCCCAGRCGAAGAUCAAGCUCUAAUUCAUCCACAUCAAGUACCUCUUCUCUACCAAGCUUUAACCUCAAUGAAACCUUCACUAUUGCUAAAGCAAGCGAUAAAUCCAAGKCAACAAAUAUCAAACCAACAAACAGAAAAACACAACCAGCCACAAAGGGAAUGCUUACAAAAGCAAUAACUUCAAAACCAUUAUUUGCAAAGCCAAGUGAAGUUCCCAAGACAAGUAAACUUCAACCAAUAAAAGUACAAACUAGAAAUAUGUCAUGUACAGGACUUAGAAGUCCAGCAAAACUCAAAGCUAAUGCUCGACCAUUGAGUGCAGGGUCUACUCCACUAAAAGCACAAACUCCAAAAGCUGAAAGAACACCUGGAAACCGAACAACACCUAUGAGACGUAGAGUUUCAAAUGCUUCAGCAUCCAGUACUGCAUUGAAAGGUCGACUAAACACCUCAGGUUUAGCACUUCCUGAAAAAGCUGUCACACCAAGAAGUGGAAUUCCAGGAAUUGYAGSSAGGGGWAAGACUGGUGGUGCAAUAGCAAAGAGACCUAACAGUGCAAUGAAAGGAACUGAUAAAAUGAACACUAAACUGAUACCACAAAAACCAUCUACACCUGAAAACAGGUUAAAGAAGAAUGCUGGUGGUACACCUGAGAAAACAGUUGCAACACCAGAAGACAAGAAGAAACCAGGAAGUGCACGUAAAAGACGAUCAUUUCUUCCMACUCCAAAUUUAAAAAAUACCGAAAGUAAAACAGCACAACCAUCAAGUCCUGYUGCAAUUAAUAAAUCAGUCAAAUCUCCUGAUACUUCCAAGACUAUWGAAAGAGCCAGAAACCUUAUCAAGAAACUAGAUCUUAAUCCAGAAUCACCAAAAAAUGAAGCUUCAUYCUCAAAGAUGUCUGAAGACAAAACAAAUGAAGCAAUUGAGAAAGAUGUAGWAUCAAAUUCRACAAGCCCACCCAUUGCUAAAKUAGAGGAAGUUCCAGACUUGAUGAUUCAAGAAAGUCCUCCUGUUCCCAAAGCACUGCUAGUAGAUGUAGUCACGGAUCCUUUCUCUCCUGGUAUUGACUCUCCUAACUUUGCAACUGAUGAAGUUCUUCAUCCAAUAGUGAUUUCAUCAGAUACAAAAGAUUUGAUUGAUCUUUCUUACCAAUCACCCAAACCUGAGGUUGAUCUAAUUGAUUUGGCUGCAAAAUCACCCUUGGUGGAAGCAAAGUUGGUUGAUAUCUAGCACCUAACGUUCCCUCUUCAAAUAAUAAGACAUCAAUAGACAUUAUUACAUUAUAUUAUAUUCAAUGACGUACUAUUAUUAUAAACAAAGGUCAUGAUUAUAAAAGGAAUUUCAUAUAACACACUGAAGCCAAUGCAAAUAUGAUAAUUGUAGAAUCAAAGUAAUUUGCACUGCUUUUGGUGCAUUGUGCCAAGUACACAUUYAAGUGUUUCUUGAAAGCAUAAGCAGGACGUGAAGCAAGUGCAACUCCUCCUGUGAAGUUGUUCAAGAUUGAGAAAUGAGAAAAGUUUGAGUGCUAGGCUGUUAAAAUCCAGGUGCUUAAAUGGACUUCAGAAAGCAAAGAGUAAAACAAUUAUAAAUCCAAGUAAAGCAAUCAUUCCAUGUACUUGGUAUGGUGCCAUACACUUGUGAAAAUAUCAAAAUUUAUAAGUACAUAUUCAGUACUUCUAWUAAAUUUUUUAUUUCGAUUCUAGUUCACAUCAUAAAAACCUUAAUAUUUUUGUAAAUACAAAGUUGGGAGUUUCUUCUUUUUUACAGUGUACAAUGAUAUUAUUUUGAAGACAAAAAUGUGCCAAUUUCUUGCAUCCAGCAGUAAAAUAAAUAUAAAGCAUUUUUGGUCUUCUAGAGUUCUUGAAUUCCAUGCAUCCUACCACUAGUACCUGARCAUGAACAAUGGAAAGAAUUCUGUAUAGAGAAUUUGUCUUCAACCAAUAAUCUCAUGCUAUUUCACUAUUCUUGUCUUUAGGAUUAUAAAGUUUGAGAAUGAAAGGAAYGUGUUCAAUUUUGAUUUUUAUCAGGAAUAAAAGAUGUUUAUGAGGUUUA